GCUGACAUCAGCACCUGAUUUGGGGACAGAAUCCUGACCACGUCUGCCUCCACUCUUCUCCAGGGAGGCACGACUUCUCCCCUGGCGUCGGAAGGGGUGUGGAGUAGUUUGCGGAGGGCAGAGGGAUCUGUGAGUGAGAAGAGCCACAGAAGUCAGGACACGGACCAGCUGCUAUGGCUUUUGAAUUGGUGACGAGUUUGCGGGAGGAGGUGACCUGCCCCAUCUGCCUGGACCUCCUGACAGAACCCCUGAGCCUGGACUGUGGCCACAGCUUCUGCCAGGCCUGCAUCACCGCAAAGACCAAGGAGUCCAUGAAAAGCCAUGGAGGGGAGAGCAGUUGCCCCGUGUGCCGAAUCAGUUACUGCUCUGGGGAGCUGCGGCCUAACUGGCACGUGGCCAACAUAGUGGAGCGGCUCAGAGAGGUCAAGGUGAGCCCCGAAGAGGGGCAAAAGAUAAACCUCUGUGAGCGCCAUGAAGAGAAACUCUUGCUCUUCUGUAAGAGGGAUGGGAAGGUCAUUUGCUGGCUUUGCGAGCAGUCCCAGGAGCACCGCGGUCACCACACGGUCCUCGUGGAGGAGGUUGCCCGUGAGUUCCAGGAGAAGCUCCAGGCAGCUCUGUGGAAGCUGAAGGAAGACCAGCAGGAAGCUAGGAUGUUGGAAGCUGUUAUCGGAGAAAAGAGAACUUACUGGAAGAAACAAUUGCAAACUGAGAGACAAAGUAUCCAGGCACAGUUUAAAAAACUGAAGGACAUCCUGGAGUGUGAGGAGCUGAGGGAGCUGCAGAAUUUGGAAAGCGAGGAGAAGGCUGUUCUUGGUAGCCUGGCUGCCGCCGAGGAUGAACUGACCCAGCAGAGCCAGCUGGUGAUGGGCCUCAUCUCAGAUCUGGAACGUCGGCUGCAGGGGUCAACAAUGGACAUGCUGCAGGAUGUGAAUCACCUUGUGGAAAGGAGUGAGGCCUUGAGUCUGAAAAAACCGAAAACUUUUCUCAAGGAACAAAGGAACGUGUCUUCCCGAGGUCCUGAUCUGAAAAAGAUAAUGCAAGCAUUUGAAAAAGCUCAUGUGAUUUCAUACUGACCCCCGGAUACAACAUAUUUUGGCAGUUCUACAGAAUGAAGACAAGUGAGAUAUGUAUGCUGUUGGAAGUCAAAUAAUGCAAGUAACAGCGAUUAUGGGGUUCUAGGCUCCCUGGUUAUCAGAUCGGGGAAACAUCACUGGGAGUUUGAUCUUGGGGGUAUAUGAUGGAACAUGCCCAGAAUCCAAUAUGAAAUUUCAUGUUAGACAUACUUAAAACUAUCAUCAUGUUUACUCUAGGUAUCAACCUAAUAUGGCUACUGCAUUAGAGGGUUAUGGUGCUGGGAGCUGCACCAGCCUCUCUGGAUGGCAGUCACAGCAAGGAAACUGGUAUCUCCU